AAGAAAAAUAAAAAGUGAUCCUGCUGUAAAACAUAGUGUGAGCUUUGCUUUGUGGCUGAAGUUUGCUAUUAAAUUCCACAAAUGAAUCACUCAGCGUCUUGUUUGUGUGUCUCUGGGGGAAAGUGCGAUGUUAGUUGGACACAAAGCCUGAACCCUUUUCCUGAAUUAGUCAAACCGGAGCGGAGCGCCUCUGACUCGCAGUUUAGGAGGAGUUUGUGACUCCUGUUGCUCUCCUAGGACCUUUACCGAAACGCUUUUUUCACUACGUGAGAGUUGCGCUGAGCAGUAGCUGACAAUUACUGGGACCUGUGGAGACUGUACUCGUGCAAAGUCCGGUCUCCUGUCCAAGUAAACACUUUCUGGGAAAUGAGCCAAACUAACCGACAGUUAUCCUGUAGCAGAAAUUGGCCAGGGGGUAAGAAAAUAAAGACAGACGACGGUGUGAGCGCUCCCACUAUGGCGCUACAAACUGAGGAAAGUCAGGUUUAUUUCUCCAAAAAUCCAACUGGAAGUGGAGCCGAGAGGCUUGCGGAUAAUGCGGUCGCUUACGGAUCCGGACGCAUUAAUCCGCAAACCUGUGACAUGGAGAAACAGUGUUGUCAAACAGCUGCUGCCCCUCAGGAGGAGUUGUUGAGCGCAGACGGCCGUGUGGGCGACAGUCGCUCCUUUUCUGCCUGCGCCACAAUCUCAGAGACAGCCAGGGAGCUCUGCAAAGCCGUGUCCGUGUCGCUGGGUCUGGCCAUGGAGCCCGGUGACACCAGCGACGUGGAUUCCGCUCUCCAGCCGUGCGCCAGCGCCGACCAAAUGCGCGGAGAGUAUUUAUUCGGAGUGGAAACGGCGCCUCUGAGCUGCCCCAGAGCCCAGGCUGAGUUCACUUGUCCCGACCGAGACGAGCGGCCCCUGCAUGGCCAGAAGCAGCUGGUGAAAAUGUACAAAAGUUCCGAGACCGCUGCGCCUUUCCACCACCUCGCCUCCACUCGGACAUCUGCGCAAAACUUCCCCCUGUGCGAGGCUGAUGACAUAACUUCAAAAGAGAUAGAUCAUCUGGACACAACUCGCGCUGCCUCUUGCCCUUAUGCCCCAAACGCGCCAGACAACUUGGCACACUUCGGCCAUGCGGCUGCGGAGAGGCCGUGCCAAGCCUACAACCCGCCCGACAAAGCGAGAGACUUCGGGGAUGCUGCGGAGGACAAGUGCAGCGGCUACCAGCUGGAGCAGUACGGCGUCAAAGUCAAGUGUGAGGAUGGUGACUGUGCGGGGCCGUUGUGGGGCAGCAACUACACCUUCAAUGAGAGGUACAACUCACAGUUUUGGGGUGCGAGGCAGUGUGUGAGUGCGCACGGCACAGGCGCGAACCCAGCGUUCGUAUGUAAUCCAUACGAACGCAGCGUCAUGCGUCCUGACCAGUGGUACCCAGGCGGGAUGCUGAGGCCGUCUUAUCCCAACUCCAACUACAUGAAAAGUGCAGUCGGCGAGUGGCUGGAUGUCGCCUACAACGACAACAGCAGGUUCGAGGCCGGCAGAGAGCACGUGUUCCCCAUGGAGUUCUUCUUCCCCCCACAGAGGACGUGUCUGAUCUGUUCCGACGAGGCAUCUGGCUGCCAUUACGGCGCACUCACCUGCGGCAGCUGCAAAGUUUUCUUCAAAAGAGCUGCAGAAGGCAAACAGAAAUACCUGUGCGCUAGCAAAAAUGACUGCACCAUCGAUAAGCUGAGGAGGAAGAAUUGCCCCUCGUGCCGGCUGAAGAAGUGCUUUGAAGCUGGGAUGACUCUCGGAGCACGCAAGCUAAAGAAGAUUGGACAACACAAGAACCCAGAAGAGGAUCACCCUGUGCAGGAUUCAGCAGAGGUCAUCCCGAACAUCUCCCCUAAAUCGGGUCUGAGCUUCAACUCCCAGCUGGUGUUCCUCAACAUCCUGGAGUCCAUUGAGCCCGAGGUGGUGAACGCCGGACACGACUGUGGACAACCAGACUCAGCCGCCACGCUGCUCACCAGCCUCAACGAGCUGGGAGAGAGACAACUGGUCAAAGUGGUCAAAUGGGCCAAAGGAUUGCCAGGUUUUCGAAAUCUCCACGUGGACGACCAGAUGACAGUCAUUCAGCAGUCUUGGAUGGGGGUGAUGGUGUUCGCCUUGGGAUGGAGGUCGUACAAGAAUGUCAACGGCAGGAUGCUUUACUUCGCCCCAGACCUCGUCUUCAAUGAACAUCGGAUGCAUAUUUCCAGCAUGUAUGAGCACUGCAUAAGGAUGAGACAUCUUUCUCAGGAGUUUGUGUUGCUGCAGAUCACCCAGGAGGAGUUCCUCUGCAUGAAGGCCUUGCUCCUCUUCAGCAUCAUUCCAGUUGAGGGUCUGAAGAAUCAGAAGUACUUCGAUGAACUGCGUCUCACCUACAUCAACGAACUCGAUCGCCUCAUUAACUGUCAAAUGACGACAAAUUGCUCUCAGAGGUUCUACCAGCUCACACGACUCCUGGACUCGCUCCAGAUGACGGUGAAGAAGCUCCAUCAGUUUACAUUUGACCUCUUUGUCCAGGCUCAGUCGCUCCACACCAAGGUCAGCUUUCCAGAGAUGAUUGGAGAAAUAAUCUCAGUACAUGUACCAAAGAUCCUGGCAGGUUUGGCCAAACCAAUCUUGUUUCACAAGUAGGAUUUUUUUUUUCAAAUCAAAAAAUGACUCAUCUUUGCUGCCACCAUAAACUUUAACAAAGGCUUUGAACUGUUUCCCCACAUCUUCAAUCUGAUUGCUUUUAGCCCUGUCCUGUAAUAAUUAUUUUAUUGCUCAAGUUUUUUUUCCCCCCCUUUUAGCCAUAAUUGAGCUUGUGUGUUCAGGACUGUUAAAGCUUUUAUCCGAAGAGCUGCAAAGCAUCACCUGUUGACAGCUCUGCAGUUUCUGAGAGGAGGGUUUUUGUUUUCAGAUGGAGCAAAGAUGCUACUUUACAUACACAGAAAGCCUGUAAAUCGUGAUUACAGCAAUCUACAAGUAGCAAGGUUAAAAACAUGAUGUUUUGCAUGUGACCUUCAUUAUACAUAUACUUGACAUGGUAAUCAUACAUCCAAGAGAUGGCCUUAAGAGCAGAUGAGAAUUGGAUCACAGAAAUAAACAAAUACUUGUUUUUCAGAAACUUACCGAAAACUGUUUUUAUGGAAGUCUGUGUAAUGCUUUGCAGUGCUUGGAAAUAAAUAGAUAGGUAUGAAGCUUACAUUAUACAUUUAUUUUUGAUUAUUUUACAAAUGCUUAAUAAUCUCUCGGUUUAAUUUUUCAUUGUUCACAUUUGGGCCGUUGCUGCAGAAUUACAGAAAUACUCCAAUAAUGUUUUUUCGGCUUGGGUUUUUGCUGUACCAUUAUUGCCUGGGAGAGCCUACAGCCGCAUUAUGUAUUACAUAGCACAUCUGGCCAUGCAAUAAUUGCUUGGCCUCAAUAAAGUGCUAACAUUAUUAUAAUAAUGUUGCCUUCAGGCUAAUUUAAAUUUGCUGGCACACUGUCUGGCCAUUUCUUAAUUUAUCUGUUCAUUUAUGAGCCUGUGGGCUUUAUGUAAGGAUUUGUAUCAUUACAUACAUGCAUGCACAAACACACACACAAACACACACACACAUGCGCACACAAAUCUGCGCUACACAGAGUGGACCAUUAAAGUACACCUGCUAACAGUGGACCAGUGUUUCUGGUCAUUUAAAGAAAUAAAAAUUCAAUAGAAAAUGUAGUAUUAGUAUGUAUUAAGUGUUGAUUUAUUCUAUCUAGGCAUUCAUUAAUUUAGCUAUUCAUUCAAUUAUUGAUUAGCCUAUGAGCUAUAUUUGAGGAUUUGUAUUAUUACAUACAUAAAUGACACACAUUCAAAUCUACCUUACAAAGAGUGGACCAUGUAGGUCCACUGCUCACAGUGGACCACUUUCCAACAUUUUCUUUUAACUGUUUUUGUCUUAAUUAAAGUCCAAAUAUGCAGUUUUGCUUGUGGAUUUAAUAUGUCUAGCUCAUUCAUUUAUCUAAUCAUUUAUUCAAUUAUUAGCCUAUACGCUAUAUUUGAGGAUUUGUAUCCUUACAUGCACACACACACACUGUUUCAAAAUAAGAUAGCCAAUAAAUUGUUGCAUUGUCCGAUGUAGUAAAUAAUGCAACUGCACUGUUGGAUCAAAAAAAAAAAAAAAUGGAGUAUCAGAAUACUGAGACAUUUUUGAUUUAUGUCCAAAAGCAAAAUUCAGAAGCAACAAUCCAAACAAGAACAAUUAAAAAUUAAACUCAGAGACAAUUAUCCAUGUGUGUAGUAAUUAGAAAAAAAACAGAUAAUGAACAUUUCAAAGGCAUUUUCAUCAUCAUUCUGUUGGUGCAAAUGGAGCAAAGAACAGCAAAGCAUUACACAGGCCGCUACCGUUUGUGGAGCUGAGUGUAGUUAAAAACAACUUGAGAGGUGUAUUUUUAUUUUAACCUUUUUUUUCUGGCCUUACUGCUAACCCUGAGCUAUUACUACGACAAUCAGUGUAGAUUUGGUAGUCAGGUGGUAUUACAAGUGUACGAGUGACUUGAUAUGCUGCAUUAUAUUUCCUGUACACUAAACCUAGAAUAUUAGUGAGGUGAAUGAAGUUCAUUGUUCAGUAGUUGUAGUGCUGCAGAGUGCUCAUCAAAUACACACUCUACAGUAGCUAAAUUUGAUAUCUCGAUGAAGUCAGAAAAAGGGGAAUUACAGCUAUCACUGACAGACUCGCAUGCUUUUUAGAAUCUGCGGUCACAGAAAAAAAAUAAAAAAUUCCUAGUUUGGAUUGUUGCUAAAUAAUUCUGCCAGCAGUCAAAAGCAGCUGUAGCAGUCGUACAAGGAAAACCUCACAUUGUGCAUGUCGAGCAUAAAUAAUGAUCAUUACUAUUUACUCUUGUCUGCUUCUAAAAUCAGAUGUCACACAUGAUCAAUAGUACAGUUUUUUGUAAGUAUACCCCAGCGUAAAAUUUCAGCCAACAAUCAUUAAAAAAAACAACUUUUUUGUAAAUGAAAACACUGUAAAGGGUAAACUGUGAGGAACUUUUACACAUGUUGCCUUAAACAGUACAAUCAGACAGAACACGCUGCUUGCUUCUUGCUACUUUUCAUAAUGUUUGCAGCAAAUGUGUUGAACUGAUAUCUUUAUGUUGUCAUUUUUAAAGCAUUAACUUAAUAUUUUGUGGGCCAAGAUGGUUAAACAGGUACUUUGUUGGAGCAAAGCAAAAAAAAAAAAAGAAAGAAAAAAAAGCUUCUUUCUCCACAACACAGCUUUAAAAUCAGUUUGGCUUUUUUUCCAGAAUGAGAUGAUUUUACAGUCCAAUUCAAUUGUACCAGAAAUUCCUGGUGAACGCUUCAUGACAAUUCGAAUUCACAAUGCAGCUGUUACUUGUUGUGUCGUUUUCUGCAUGCCAAACUGUCUGUGUAAAUAUAGUGCCUUUGAGUUAUGAGUUUACCGUGUAACAGCCUGGAUUUGGCAAAAGAAAAAAAAACAAAAAAAGCGCCUUAGAGGUAAAACAAAGGAACAAGAAGAAUUACAAGCUUGAUAAAGCAUUAAUAAACUAACAAAAAGUCAUCAGCACUAUGUGAAGUUUCUUCACUCACAGUGUUGACAGCAUCAUCCUUUGAGCAGCGGCUUGCAACAGCAGGGACAGGGAGACUUGUAGGGAUACGAGGAAGAGAGGAUGGCACCAAAUACAGGCAACUACCGAAGGAGAACUUGUUUCCGAGUGCCAGAGAUAUUAGAUUAAGGCAGUAAUGUUCCACCAGGGCAACAAAUCUAAAAUUUAAGCCAACUCAAAACUGGAAGGCCCUCAGAUGUAGAAUGUGAAAGUCCUUGACUGGCCCUGCCAACCGUCAGAGAUGAAAACCAAGAAAAAAAUCUGUGGAAUGCCUUGAAGAUAACUGAUCCCAGAUACUCGGGCUGAAAAGUAAUAAUGCAUGAAGUUGAAUACAACUGUCAGUUUUGAAAUUUUAUUUAAAAAACAUAAACCAAAUGGCGGAACAUAAUGCAUUUCGUGCAUUGACUCGGUCGACAUGACUCAGAAUGUAAUUUUAACUGAAACGGCGUCUUUCAGUAAAUGAACAUAAAUCGUAGCAGAUCAUAACUUCGAACAAUCCAGCUGCUCUGUGUUCAUCACAGACUCAACUUCUGUGGCUUACUCUGCAAUGUUCAAUCACUUUCAGCAAUGUUUUAUAACUCUGUAAAUUCAACUGUUUUUAAUGAUUCUACAUUCUUCUACAAGCUUGUAGAUGCAUGCAUCAUGCGUUUGUAUAACUGUAUGUGUAACUUUUAGCUUUACAAAACCAAUGUGUGGACAUCCAUAUAUCCCUUCAAUUAUCUGUUUAUUGUAUACGGACUCGUAGUGCCAUUAUUGUUAAAUGCACAGGACUUUUAUCAGAAGGUGCAAGAACAUUUUGUUGUACAGUACAGUGAUGAGUUGACUCUGAUGGUCACUUUCACAGUUUCUUUUGUAACUAAUUCAUUCAUAAACUUUACUGAAGUGCGUAGAGUAGAUUGCUUCAUCUGCACAUGAAUUUGUCAUGUCUUCAACUUGUCUUUGAAUAUUUUCCCUACGAAAGCGGGAACAAAAGAAAUCCAGUGUCUAUGCACAAGUUCAUGUGAUUUGUGGGACUCGUCCCAUCGAUGCAUUGCACCCCGAUGUUGAAAUCAGAAAGUGAUGAAACUACACAGAAAUCAAAUAAAAGGAAUGUAUAAAUAAAUAAAUACACCAAAAAUAUAGUUUUCACGUGCAAAAAUAAUAAGCUAAUUUGAAGUAUUAGAAUUUUCUUGAUUUUUUUUUAACAUCAGCACUUUUGAUCUGAAAUUCAGAAGCACGUUUAUCCAGCCCCUUUACAUUUCCUGAAUGCACUACAUUGUUGCAGCAGUUCUGAUUUUGUUUAAUUAAAUCUGAUUCUAAAUAAUGUUGUAGUUAUUAUGUUGUUUUAGUAUAAUUAUGCAUUAAAUGGGGGAAAUAUGAAACGCUUUACCGUUGGGAGUGCAACCUGCGCAUCAAUGAGCCACAUAGAUGCUCGUGUACAUUUUUAAUACUUCUAUGAUUGAUUCAGCUACAGUGUUUGUAUUUUGUCAGUGGAUAAUAGCUGGUAUGUGCCCAAUGUACUGCAUAUUAACACAGUUCUUUGUACAGGCUACAGUAACUGUAUAUAUUGAUUAGUUUAAUGUCUGUUUUGGUGUCUAAACACUUGACUUUUAAAGUCAGCUCUUGUAUGAUUUCUAUCUUUUGUGACCUGUGUUUUUCAAUAUGUGUGUUUUUCAAAGAUGUAAAGUUGCAUCAUCUUUUAAAGGCAAUUAAAAUAAUUCUGACUCUAAA